AUACAGAACCGUUACCUAAAUUCGUGGAUAACCUUGAUUCGUGGAUCGCGGUAAUUAUCAUGAUAUCUCGUUAAUUAAGUCUCGUAUGACGUCACACAGCGGUACUUUUGAUGUACACACACUGCCACGCCUUGCUGACAAAAAUGUUCCGAAUCGCUGCAUUGCACGGUUCACCGACGCCUUCGCGACAGGGAUACAAAAGUUAAUCGCCUACAGCUUUGACUAAUGCUUACUUGGAAGUCAAAAACAAUAAAGUUGCAGUUCAUAGAGCGGCAUUAAACUUCUCUGUACCCGAGCAAACACUGAGAGACAGGAUAAAAGGCAAGAUCAAUGUUGACACUUGUCAAGUCAGGUGCAACUCCAAUUUUUGAUGCGGAGCAGGAAACUAGACUUGUUGACCAUGUAACAUACAUGGCAUCCAUCAGAUACGGAUAUACCAGGAAAGAGGUUGUCCAAUUAGGGUCUAACUUUGCUUGUCAGUUAGGAAAACGUGACCUGUCCCAUCCAUUAUCUGUCAAGUGGUUAUAUGGUCUGUUGGAGCGAUGGCCGGAGUUGAAAGUUAGAAGUGCCAAGUCUCUCACGGAAGUUCGUGCCAAAGCAAGUUCAGAGGAAUGAAUCAACAAAUAUUUUGAUGAACUUGCCAUGAUUAUGGAAAAAUACGGUUUCCAAUCAAGACCAGAAGCAAUUUGUAACAUAGACGAGAAAGGAAUCAACCAGUCCCAUGUCGCACCGAAAAUUGUUGGCUCAAGAAAUUCCGUGGCCUACGAGAUUUCUUCGGAGAGAUCGUCUGUCGUCACACUUUUGGGAUGUUGAAAUGCUCUGGGCACAUUUAUUCCACCUUUCUUUGUAUUUCCGGGUGCUAGAAUGCGCAGUGGCUGUACAGCGGGAAGUGACGGAACUGUUUCUGAAUCGGGAUGGUCAAAUGGUGUUAUAUUCCAAGAUUACUUGGACAGGCAUUUCCUUCGAUAUGCAUCUCCAGCAACGCCGAAUAGACCUUUGCUUCUUCUGUACGAUGGCCACAAGUCGCACAUUUCUCCGUCUCUGAUAGACUGGGCAAAAGAUCACAAUAUUGUGUUGUUUGUCCUCCCGGCUCACACAAGUCAUAUUUUGCAGCCAAUGGACGUGGGAUGUUUCGGUCCGUUUACAAAAAUCUACAACAUCGCCUCCGUAGCAUGCAGGGCAUAUUCUGCUGCUUUAACGCCUGGUCACUUGCAGUCGGCAUUCAGAAAGUCUGGAAUCUAUCCCUUUUCGCCAGAUAUGAUUGAUAAAUCUGCAUUCCAACCAGCUGCUUUUAUCCACGCAUCACACGUUGAAGACAAGUCGCAGCAAGUACCAGCUACUGACGACAUACACAGCCCACGUUCCAACCCUAACGUUGAGAAGGAAAAUCUCGUCACUAACUUUGACCAAACCCAAUUCUUUGUUGACCAGCUUCCCGUCAUUCAGAAGAAGCAAAGAAAACCACGUAGAUCUAUCCACAAGAUCGUUAGCGGCAACGCCAUAACUGAACCAGAGAUAGAAAUUCAAGUUAAAAACUAUGUUAAAAGUUCAACUUCUAAACAGCCAGUACCAACCAAGAAACGACCAGCAAAGUCACAUACAUCAGCUGCACAAUCUCAAAAGAAACAUAAAAGUACCACCGAGCCAGCAGCGGGACCAUCCGGUGCGAUUAAUCUACUAUACAGCAGUGACAGUGAGGAUUCGCCAAUAUCCGAUGACGAAACAUGUUGCGUGUGUCAUCACUUUCAGCCCGCUGAACUGGCCCAAUGCACAUCACUGUCUUUCGUACAAUGGGGGCAGUGCAUGUAUCAUGACUUAACCACUGGGUGCACUUACAGUAUUGUUGUCCAGUGCGCGUGCUUCGGACGCAUGACACGUUUUAUUGCCCUUGCCAUGGUCUGCCAUGCAAACCAUCGGAAGAGUAGGACUGAAAGAGGACACAAACUUACCUGUAAAUAGUGUACAUAACUUUAUUGACAAGAUUCGUUUCGGAACCUGUGCGGACAAAAUGCUGCCUAUUAUCUGAACGUCAAAAAUAUAUAUCAAAUGUAUUUGUAUCCAUAUGUAUAACGUUACACAUUCGUUAGGAAAAAUAAACUUGCCAUAAAUAAAGAAAAUCGAUUUUCCUCUAUGACGCCAGCGUUCGUUUUCAAACCAGAUUUAUUUCCCUCGUUUACAACCAGACCAUUUAUAUUUAUGACAAAGACAAGUUGUAAGUUGAUGCCGAAAUGUGUGCGUAAU